CCUCUGCCUCUCUCGCUCACCCAAAGCAAGCUCACAGCCGGCUGCCAGAGAGCAUCCAUCCGCUCCGCUCCCCGUCAGGUUCCCGCCAGCAGCGCAACGCGAGGAGAUGGCCAAGCCCCCGCGCCUCGCCGCGGUGCUCCUCCUCCUCCUGCUCGUCGCCGCCGCGUCGUGGCUUCAGGCCGCCGACGCCGCCUCAGGGUUCUGCUCGAGCAAGUGCGGCGUGCGGUGCGGCCGCGCCGGCACGCGCGCGCGGGGCGCGUGCAUGCGGACCUGCGGCCUCUGCUGCGAGGAGUGCAACUGCGUGCCCACGGGGGCGCGCGGCGGCGUGAACGAGUGCCCCUGCUACCGCAACAUGCUCACCGCCGGGCCCAAGAAGAGGCCCAAGUGCCCCUGAACGGCUGAACCCAACCACCUGCGAAGAUGCCGACGAGACGGACGACGGACCGUGCAUAAUCUAGACUACGUACGUACUGUGCGUGUGUACGUGUUCGUGUACAGCGUCAGUGUGACUUGGUACGACGUAGUACGGAGCCGUCGUGGAGUAUGUGAGAUCUACCAGCACCGGUAGUGACAAGCUCCCAAGUGUCACCUAGGCCGCCCAGCCGUGUCGUGUCGUGUCGUGAUUAGGCCGUGCCUGUACUAAUUCGUACUCGAUCCUACCUUUGUACGUGGCGUGCAUGAUGUACCAAUUAAGAUGUACUACUACUAAUGUCAUGGCACUUGUACUGCUGA